GAAAGUAGGUUAGCAGUUCUCCAAGAGCGCUUGGCAGGGAAAGAAGGAGCGAAGGAAGGAGAAAGGAAGGAAGGAAGGUGUGGAGACGUCAGAAGGAAGACGCUUCAACCACUUCUCCUUAAUCGUUGGGCGAGCUGCAAAACACAAGCAGAAGAGAAGAAGCCAGCCGAUCGUAGGAAACCAACCACCCGCCCGAUCCCACGCUGGAAACUUUAUAGCCUCCGCUCCCCGCCGUAUCUAUUUAUUUCCCCUCCUCUCCUCCGGCAAGGAGUUUUGUUUCUGACGGUCUGUUUUUUCCCCAUGCUAUUUCCAGAAGAGAGAUAAGGGAAGGGAACCUCGGCGUAGAAGAUGCGAGCACAAAUCGAAGUUAUCCCUUGUAAGAUAUGCGGGGACAAGUCUUCAGGGAUUCACUAUGGCGUCAUCACCUGUGAAGGAUGCAAAGGUUUUUUCCGCAGAAGCCAACAGAAUAACGCCACUUACUCUUGCUCACGGCAGAGGAACUGCCUGAUCGACAGGACUAACCGAAAUCGGUGUCAGCACUGCCGACUGCAGAAGUGCUUGGCCCUGGGCAUGUCCCGUGAUGCAGUAAAGUUUGGCCGCAUGUCGAAGAAGCAGCGGGACAGCCUCUAUGCCGAGGUCCAGAAACACCAACAAAGCCAAGAACAAAGUGUGGGAACCAAGGAGGACCCAGAGACCUUGUCGAGGGUCUACACCACCAGCGUGAGCAGCGGACUCUCUGACCUGGAUGACAUCUCCAUGUUGUCGGACAGCUUCCUCUUUGAUUUUCCCCUGAGCCCUGACGGGAACAGCAGCUACUACAAUCUGGAUCUCCUGACCUCAGCGCAGCCAUCGCCCGACCAAUCCAGCGUUGACGUCAGUGACACCAAGUUCAUUAAACAGGAGUCCAUCUAUGAGCUCAUGCUGGAACCUAGCCUCUUUCCUCAUGGCCCCCUUGAAAGCAACGCGUUGAAUUCGGACAUUUCAGUGAUGGAAAUGGAGCGCCUAGCCCAGAAUGUGGUGAAGUCGCACCUUGAGACAUUGCAGUACACCAGCGAGGAGCUGCAGCGGUUCGCCUGGGUGCUCUACUCUCAGGAGGAGAUAAGGACCAUGCAGAACACGAACUGCGAGGUGAUGUGGCAAGAAUGUGCCGUCCAGAUCUCCAAUGCCAUCCAGUACAUAGUGGAGUUCGCCAAACGCAUUGAUGGCUUCAUGGAGCUGUGCCAGAAUGACCAAAUCAUUCUGCUCAAAGCAGGUUGUCUAGAGAUUCUCCUCAUCCGAAUGACGCGGGCCUUCAACCCAUUGAACAACACCGUCCUUUUUGCAGGAAAAUAUGGCGGGAUGCCGAUGUUUAAGUCACUUGGUUGUGAUGACUUGAUCAGCUCCAUCUUUGAGUUGGGGAAGAAUCUUUGCCGAUUGCAGCUGUCUGAUGAAGAAGUAGCACUCUUCACCGCAGUUGUCCUGUUCACACCAGAUCGGCCUUGGCUCUCUGAGUCCAAAAAGGUACAAAAACUCCAGGAUAAAUUCUACAUGGCUCUCCAGCACGAGAUUCAAAAGAAAAAUGCCAAUGAAGACAGGCUUUCCAAGAUGGUUGCCAAGCUCCCCUUGAUGAAGACCAUCUGCAGCCUUCACUUAGAUAAGCUGGAGCUUUUUCGCCUUGUCCAUCCAGAGACAGCCAAAAAUUUCCCUCCUCUCUACAAAGAAGUGUUCAAUUCGGAGCUCCAUUACAGCAACCCUCAGGAGAGCUAAAGCAGAAUUUGCAGAGCAAAACUUUUGUGGCUCCUGGAAUGGGGAAAGCAGAAUUGACCCUGCGAUUUAUUUUAAAUCAAGGAUCAACCACAAGAUCGGGUGGCCCUUUCCC